GUCCGUCUGUGGUGCCACUGCACUCGACCCAUGUCUCCUUGUCCCUUACAACCAUUUUCCUUUCCAUCAUCUGGCCUCGACUCGAGUAUUUUCUCGGUACCUGCGUUUUAGACCCUUACAACUUGUCUUGAUAUGUGUAAACGGCUGUCCUCCAGUCCCUUGAGCGUCAUCCAAGUCGAGAUACCCGCCAAUCUCCCAUCGGAACCCUGAGUGGCCUGUCGAGCGCUGGUCACCUGCUUCUCCGGUCAUCCCCUCACCAAACUAGCAGCCUGUUGUCUCGUCUGGAGACGCAGCUGCCCUUAUCAAAGCCAACACGACACCUCAAUCAAAGAAACGAAAGGCUGCGGAGUGCGUCACUGACGCGUCAAGCAACGGUCCGGUGAAGUCACGCAAGACGUCCCCUCCUCCUGCGCAGCGUCUGUCGACUCCCGUCACCGAGCACGGCUCGCCGUCGUUGAAGGCCAUGGAUUCGGAAGAUGACUUCAUGUCAGAUCCCCCCAGCGGGGAUGAGAUUGAUUUCGAUGAGGGUACACAAGACAGCGAUAUUGCCAGUCUCGCAGACGAUUUUGACCAAGACCAGGAUGGUGGCUUUGGCUACGAAAAAGACAUCCUUACGAACCCGCGAAAACCCUACGAAGUCGAAUACAAGGUUCUAAGUCCAGAAGAUAUUCAAUCCCAGCAAGAAAAACAGUUCAAGGAGGUUUCAUCCAUCAUCGAGUUACCCAUCGAACAAACCGCCAUUCUUCUUCGGUUCAUGAGAUGGAACAAGGAGAAAUUGAUUGAAUCAUACAUGGACAACCAAGACAAAGUUCUCGAGGCUGCUGGCUUGGGACCCACAUUUACAGAGGCUCCAAAGACGAAGAAGGUCAAGGGUUUCACUUGCGAAAUCUGCUUCGAAGACUCUCCAGACCUAGAGACGUAUGCCAUGAAAUGUGACCACAGAUACUGUACCAACUGUUAUACCCAAUACCUUACACAAAAAGUCAAAGAGGAAGGGGAAGCUGCUAGAAUCGAGUGCCCCUUCGAUGGCUGCCAUCGGAUUGUGGACUCCAAAUCCCUGAAGUUGUUGGUCGACCAGAGUGUCAUGGACCGUUACCAUGUCCUGCUCACUAGAACUUAUGUGGACGACAAGGACAAUCUCAAGUGGUGCCCAGCUCCUGAAUGUGAAUAUGCCGUGGAUUGUCCUGUGAGGAAACGAGAUCUCAGUCGGAUUGUCCCCACUGUCCGCUGUGCGCACGACCACAUGUUCUGCUUCGGAUGCACGCUAGCCGAUCACCGCCCGGCGCCCUGCUCUCUCGUCAAGAAGUGGCUCAAGAAGUGCGAGGAUGACUCGGAAACGUCGAACUGGAUAUCCGCCAACACAAAGGAGUGCCCCAAGUGCAAUUCGACCAUCGAGAAGAAUGGAGGUUGCAAUCAUAUGACCUGCCGGAAAUGCAAGCACGAGUUUUGCUGGAUGUGUAUGGGCCCUUGGUCGGAGCAUGGAACUAGUUGGUACAAUUGCAACCGAUUCGAGGAAAAGUCAGGAGCCGAUGCUCGUGAUGCUCAAGCACGUUCUCGACACUCGUUGGAACGAUACCUCCAUUACUACAAUCGUUACGCCAACCACGAACAGUCCGCCAAACUUGACAAAGACUUAUGGCUAAAGACCGAAAAGAAGAUGACGAGCCUUCAAUCCCAAUCUAACAUGUCGUGGAUUGAAGUCCAGUUUCUUGACACUGCCUCCAAGGCCCUGCAAAACUGCCGUCAGACCUUGAAGUGGACUUAUGCAUUUGCUUUCUAUCUUGCUCGCAACAACAUGACCGAGAUCUUCGAGGACAACCAGAAGGAUUUGGAAAUGGCAGUGGAAAACCUGAGCCAGAUGUUCGAGAAGCCCGUGCAAGAGCUCGGAAACCUCAAAGUCGAGAUCCUCGACAAGACAACCUACUGCAACCGGAGACGAGAGAUACUCUUGAGCGACACGGCGGAGAAUUUGAAGAAAGACCAAUGGAAAUUCAAUGUCGAAAUAUGAUCUUUUACGAAUACCUAGGUAGAUAACGGCGAUACGCAUGAUCAACCCGGUGGGCGGGCUGACGGCGGUGCUAGCGAGGCGUUCCCUGAUGGAUGGGACAACUUGGAUGCAUUAUCAUGAAGGGAUGGUGCUCGGGCCCAUGAGCUUUUGACUUGACUUGAGAAUGUUGGUAUUGUAGAGGGCGCCGGGAGCAUCAGGCAUGCAAAGUUGGCGUCUUGCUCUUCUUAUUCUUGCCGAGUACGGAGGACAUGUCAGAGAACCACGUUGUGGCAGAUGAACCGUCUCCUGGGGAGUAAACCUUUGUGUAUUCCAAUACAACGCAUCCCCUUACUUCAGACACAAGGAUGCGCCAUGUGCACAUCGCGUUUUUUCCUCUUAAAAUAU